GAUAUACAAUUAGAAGUCUCUGAGUAUACUGGGAAGAGCUUUGAGCCCCUGGAAGAGAGUUUUUAUUACAGACAGGAUUGGAAUAAUAUAAAAGAGAAAAAUGAAGCCGACUAGUGAACCUCUGCCUCGUGAACAUAGUACUGAGACUGUUCUCAAGUGCAUUUUAAAGGAGUCCAGUAGUGAAUUGGAUAGUUUACAAUGGCUAUCCCGUCAAGGGGCUUCCGAUCAUAAUUUUCUGCUUGCAAAGGCUGAAGAACUUCUGGAAAAUCGAAUCAAAGAUGGGGAGCCACUGGCACAUUUUCUCAAAGGGCAACUUUAUUUUGAAGAGAAACGUUAUGAAGAUGCAUUAUUACAAUUUGAACAAAACACAGAUUUUCAGUCCAUGUAUCAGUUGGGUGUAAUGUACUACGAUGGAUUGGGAACUCCUCCAAAUUCUAAGAAAGGAGUUGAAUAUAUGAAGAAGAUUCUCAAUUCUGACUCUCCUAAAGCAAGACAUUUAAAAUUUGCUGCUGCAUACAACCUUGGCCGAGCUUACUUCGAAGGACAUGGGACUCAUUUUUCUGAAGAAGAAGCUGAAAGAUUGUGGCUUUUUGCUGCAGACCAUGGGAAUCCAAAAGCAAGUGUAAAGGCUCAGAGUACGCUUGGAAUGCUGUAUUCAGCACAUGCUAAGGAUCUUAAAAAGGCAUUCUUUUGGCAUUCAGAAGCUUGUGGGAACGGAAGCUUGGAAUCGCAAGGCAUCCUUGGGAUUAUGUAUCUUCACGGACAUGGCAUACAUCAAAACCUGAAGGCUGCUUUGGAGUGCCUCAAUCAGGCAUCGCAUCGAGGAAAUGUCUAUGCUAAAGGCCAUUUGGUGGAAUAUUAUUACAAAAGAAAAUUUUUUAUAAAAGCGGCCGAGUUUGCCAAAAGAGUAACAGAAAAUGACAAUGUUGAAAAAAUAGCAGAGGAAACAGAUUGUCUUCCUUUUUACAUAAGCAGAGGACUUGCAAUGGCUUCUUUCUACUUGGCCAGAUGCCUCCAGCUUGGCCGAGGAACCCAACAAGAUAUAGCAGCAGCUAAAAAGUAUUAUUCUAAGGCAUGUCGAUUGGAUCCUGCUGUAGCUGCUGAUCUUGAGCUGACUGCUAAUCAUGGGAGAAUUUAGAAUAUUAUUUUGCUGAAUCUGAGGAACACAUUUCUUUUAGCUUCUGAUUAAUAUGAACAAACUUCUUUUGUCUCCCUUUUCUUCAUUCAGAGUAAUGCAUAUAAAUUCCUUUCAGUAAAGUUAUAACCAUUACUUUGUAAAACUAUUCUUUAAUUCUGUUAAUAUAAUAAAAGUUGACUGAUGAUCAUUGAGUACAUUUCUGAAGGCAUUUGCAAUUAGCUAUCCAUGAUUAAGACUGUGUGCUACAUCAGUACUCUGCCUUACAUAAUAUUUCUUGUUAUCCUUUGAAGUUAUAGUGGAGAAAGG